GAGAAAUGCGAUGGCGAUGGCCCUAUUGUACUGUCGACGAUGGAGAAGACAAAUGUCGUGGCGGCUGCGGUUGCCGUCAUCCGUCGUUUGCAAGUAGAGAGUGCGGCCGGGCGCAUGAAGGCAGCGCUUUCAAGGCGGCGGCAGAGGCUUCUGCUGCAGAGGGUGUUGGACGCCCCGGACUGCAUCACCACUUCCGAGGUUCAGUUGUGCGCUGCAAUCGGGUGCGGUUUGGUUCCUCGGGCGACGCCACGUUGGUGGAUGAGGCGGAGAGCUGGCGGGACUUGGGAGGAUUUUCAGGUGUGCGAUGACACGACAGACGACUACUUUCGAGAAAAGCUCCGCAUGUCGAGGAGAGUGUUCAUGGAGAUCAGCAAAGCCUGUGCGCCUCAUGUGCAGCGGCAGGUGACAUUUUACAGGGAGCCACUCCAGCCGGACCAGAUCGUCGCGUACGCGCUGUAUAGGUGGGCUACAGGAGAGUCUUACAAGAACAGCACAUCAUCCUUCGACAUGGGCAGGACAUCCGGAGUUCGAACCGUGCUCGAUGUGACAGCCGCUAUGUUGAGGGUGUACGGGAACAAGAUAUCGUGGCCGACGGGGGUGCGGAACCACGUCGUGCUACGGGCGUUUCUGGACAAGGGCUUUCCAAACUGCCAUGGCGCAGUUGACUGCACACACAUCUACGUGGACAAACCGGCGAACGCGCCGAGCGAGAACUACUUCGAUCGCAAGCACCGUUUCUCCGUCAUUGCGCAGGUGGUGGUGGACCUGGAUCUGCGCAUGCUUGACGUGUUCGUUGGAUAUCCGGGGAGCUGCCACGACAUUAGGGUGAUCCAACUGUCAAGUCUGUCGAGGCGCGCGGAAGAGUGAUUGCUAUUUCGUGGGCCGCCUGUCACGCCGUCGGGAGGGGUGAGGACGAACGGAUACAUCUUGGGCGACAACGGGUAUCCUCCUUCUGAAUGGGUAGUGGUGCCAUAUGGAGGAAUCAAUCAGCACUUGGACG